GCGCAGGGGAGGCGGAUGAAACUACGAGUCCCAGAAUGCAAAGCGAAGGGGACCGCGCUGGCCAAUCGGUAUCUAAACACCCGUACGCGGCGCUCGGCAUCCGGCGGCGGUCUAGCGCCGGCUGCGCCCUGGGAAAAACGCCGGGGCGGGUGUCGUUCGGCCCUUGCUGGCCCAGAGCGCUGGGCUAUGGCCGCUGCGGCGCUGCUGGCCGCGGUGUUGGGCGGGGGGCUGCUGCUGAUCGCCCGCCGCUACCUGACCGGGGCCGGCCGGGCUUCGCGGGGCGCGGCUGCCGCGCUGAUGCGGGGCAAGACGGUGAUCGUCACGGGCGCGAACAGCGGGCUGGGCCGGGCCACGGCGGCCGAGCUGCUGCGGAUGCAGGCCCGGGUGAUCAUGGGCUGCCGGGACCGCGGCCGGGCCGAGCAGGCGGCCCGCGAGAUCCGCGCCGAGCUGGGCGCCCAGGCGGAGGGCGGGGAGCUGGUGAUCAGGGAGCUGGACCUGGCCUCGCUGCGCUCCGUGCGCAGCUUCUGCCAGCGGGUGCUGCAGGAAGAGCCGAGACUGGAUGUUCUGAUCAAUAAUGCGGGGAUAUUCCAGUGUCCAUACAUGAAGACAGAGGAUGGUUUCGAGAUGCAGUUUGGUGUCAACCACUUGGGUCAUUUCUUGCUCACUAACCUCCUCCUUGGCCUCCUCAAAAGUUCUGCCCCAAGCAGGAUUGUGGUAGUUUCUUCCAGACUUUACAAAUAUGGAGAGAUCAACUUUGAAGACUUGAACAGUGAGAUAAGUUACAAUAAAAGUUUUGGCUACAGUCGCAGUAAACUGGCUAACAUACUAUUCACCAGGGAGCUAGCCCGCCGAUUGGAAGGCACAGAAGUCACUGUCAACGUGCUUCAUCCCGGUAUUGUCCGAACCAAUCUAGGCAGAUACAUAAAUAUUCCUUUGCUGGCAAAACCCCUCUUCAAUUUGGUGUCAUGGGCUUUCUUCAAAACCCCAUUGGAAGGAGCCCAGACUUCUAUUUAUUUGGCCUCCUCUGCAGAAGUAGAGGGUGUGUCAGGCAAGUAUUUUGGGGAUUGCAAAGAGGAGGAAUUGCUGCCUAAAGCCAUGGAUGAUUUAGUUGCAAGAAAACUUUGGGAUAUCAGUGAAGUGAUGGUUGGAUUAUUAAAAUAAAUGCUAGGAAAAAAGACCUACAGAAAGGAAUGAAGAUAACUAAUAUUUUGCUACCCUGAAGCUUUCUGCAAUGGUAUUUUCCCCCUUGAAUGGUGUGAAACACAAAUUACUUUGCUCAUAGAUUUCAAAGCUACUAGGAGUAAUUUGUACGGCUCUUUUAAAAUAGAGAAUAUUCUCUAUUUUAAAUAAAUCCGUAUUUUGAAAAAAUACAGAACUAGAGUCUAACAGCCUGGGUGUUUGAAUAUAUUUCAGCAUUAAAUCUCUUCUGAAAGCUACUUGUUCAGCAAAUAAAAAGUUAUUUGCUAUGUAAUGUAUAUGCUUCUUUGUUGUCUUCCACUAUUUGAUCUCAGACAUAGCACUGUAUCGCAUUGUACAUGAAAUGUGUGGCUGUUUGCUUUUUCUUGUAGAUGGUUUGUGAAUCCAUCCUAAUACCAAUAACAGUGUUGGGUUGGUGAGCAAUCCAAGCUAAAACCAUGUGAAAGAUUUUACCAGUGAGUUGUGAACACUCUUCCGCUAUGAUCAUCUAGGCCUCCAAAUACUGUUUCAUAGCACAAAAACUCUUUCCCACAACUGCAUAUCACUAGCUGCCUGAACAGGAACUAUAUCAAGCCAUAUUAUAACUCACCUGUGGGUCACAAGUCAGAUAUUUUCAAGAUGGCCUUCCAUAAAUUAGCAUCUGUCACUGCCAUUAAUCUAGUAUAUAUGUUUGAUUGUACAGCAGGUUCUAUUUUAUUUGGGCCAAACCUGCUCUUCUGGCGAUAUGAACCAAGGCCGCUAUCCUGCACUAAGCCUUGGGCUGAUGGAUGCCCCACCAUUGACUUCAGUAGGUCUUUAUGUGACUGGGAGGGUGUGUCAGAGCCCAAGAUCUGAUCCUGUGGUUUGUUUUGUGAAUUGUCUAUUUAUAGAUUUUUCUCAUACUGUCUUCCUUAGUGAAAUGUGCAUAUGGUUCAGUCUAAUAUGUCCCACAGUUCUUCCUGAUAAGUCAUCGUCUGUGUAAGUGCAUAUUUCCUUAACCUCACUAAUGCGUACACGGUACAAAUAUGAUCAAGAAACUAUUACACAAACUUGACAAAAGUAGCCUUGGCAACUAUCCUAAAUAGGCUUAGAGAGUCUCUACUAUGCAGAGAAAAUGGAAUUAAAAUAGGCCAAAAAUAAAUACAGGGAUAUUACAUAAAGAUGCCUCCCUUAUUGUUUUAAAAUAAAUAUAUAACUUCAGUAACUGUUUCCGGUUAAUUAUGAUUUGCUUGUCUCUCUUUAGUAAUUUUAUUUAACAGCACCAAUUUAAGGUAAAAGUAAAUUUAAUGAAUAUGAAGAAAGUAGUGCUUUGGGGGUCUUGAUUACUACUAUUAAUUUAUAUAUACAUAUAAAAGAUUGAAGUGUUUGAAGCUUAGUCUAUCACACUAUAAAUCCUUAUUGGCUCAACACUUGAGUUAACACCAUAUUUGGAGAUUCUCAGAUCAUUUACAGCGUAUGUCUUCUAACUCGUCCUCACUGCAUGUUGUUCUGUAUGUUCUAACUCACACAUUGUAUUGUACUCAAUCCCUUCCACACCUGUUUCCAGAGAUGCAGUACUGUGGAUAUAGGAAAGAGGCAUAACAGGAGCUCCAUGCUUUUGGGAGGAAGACAGAGAAAUCUAGAAGAUCAUAAGUUAAGGGGGAAAAUUGAUUUUUUUUUAAAGUUCCUGUAACAAUAAUUACAGCAUAUAUUUCUCACUGUAUUGUAAUUGCAGCAUAAAUUACUCACUUUUAGGCAACAGAAUCUGUAGGAGUAGAACUGAAGUGUGUGAUUGUGUACUCUGAAUGUUUGACACAAAAAUGCUGUUUGUAAAUAAUGCAGAGGGCCAUCCCAAAGAGAGGAUGGAAAUAUGGUUAGAGAAUAAACAGGUAUUCAACCUGUGAAAUCCUAUUUUACAUUUAUCUUGCGUCUUUCAUCUAAAACAAUCCCCAAAUGACUAUAUGUAAUACCAUUGAAAUGCAACCCUGGAUGGAGUGGAAGGCACCAACCAACUACCAUGCAGCAUAAUACUGAGGGUAAGGCAAAGUUUUGACCAGUUGCACCGGGGCACAAACUCUUCUGACAAAAAACAAGAUGGGUUCCCUCAAGUCCCUACAGACCAGAAGAUAUCUUGGUUUUUUUACUGUUUCAUCAAAAGGAGCUCAAGAUAAAGUAAAUAGAACUCAAAUUUAUGAUCUGUGAUCCACUGUUCCAUUGCUACCCCUGUCAAAACUACUGUGUGCAUGUUAGAAGAGAGUCAUGGAUGCCUACUGGGACAUAGCUUGCAAAGAAAAGUACCAUGCUGAAAAGCACUUAAGUGGAAAUUCUGCACCUUAAUCCCUUAGGCACAGCAUGUUUGAAAAUCUCCCUAAGAGAUUUGCCCAAGGUCAGACAGGGAGUCAGUGGCAUACUUUGCUUAAUAAUAAGUUUGCAUACUUUGCUGAGUCAAGGCUGUCAUUUUUUGCUGUCUUUGUUCAUGGCAAACAGGGCUUGUGUACAAAUUUAAUAUUUUAUAUUU